AUGAUCGACAGCAACAUUGCUGCCCUGGUAGAGGAACAGCACCGCGACAUCGGCUCGUCUUCGGAUGUUGGCGCGUCCCGCCCCAGACCCGUGGCUCACGCUCUUCUCGAACCAUCGCUGGCCUCUCCCUUCCCGUUGCCAGCACCUGCACCACUAGACAUUCCUAGUCCACUACGCGAGGCACAGCCGGAGCUCAGUCUCAACUUUGCAGCUUCCGUCGUGCCGUCUGAUGUCUCGCUGCCUACCCCACCCAUAGCGAGAACCUCGCACAGCCUGCGCCUUCCCUCGUUCGACGUCUUGGGCAUCGGCGCUCCUCAUCCUGACCGUCCCCGUUUGUACUCCAUUCCUUCGUUCUCCGUGGGUGCCGGUCCACUGUCGAAGCCGGAAGAUCCACUUCAUGUCCUCAGCCCGCGUGUGUGCCAGCUUGACGGCGCCGACGACCAUCUUCCCAGUACGAAGCCGCGACCCGCAAAGGCCACCCUCGAUCGCAUCGUGCCUGUCGUAACGCCUCCAACAGAGCCAGGCGCCUUCAACUGGGGCUCCUUUGUGCAUGUCAAGACUGCCGCCCUAGGCUCACCACCAAGUUCCGACCCAGGACAGUCGCCAAACCUUGCCACGGUGGCCAGCGCAUCGUCCAUAGCAUCUGCUCCAAUUGUCGUACCCACGGUUGUGGAGGCGAGUGGUGCACUAGGCAUGGCAGCCUGGACGCAGAAAGUAACAGAAACGCUCAUGAUCGAGUCGACUUUUGAAGCUGAAAGCUCCGUCAAGAUUCUCUCUCACGCCCUGCCAUGCCCGUCCACCACCGGCCACCUGUUCCCACGAAUUAUAGCUGCCAUCCACGACCAGUCGCCAGCCAACACAGCCUGGAUCAAUGUUUUCCAUGCAGUCCCCGGACGCUUCACGCUUUCCGAUCUUCCUAAAUCUCCGCCCUCAACCCCGGGUCCUGCGGUGGGUGGGGAUGAAUACUUCACAAGCAAAAUCUUCGAUAGUGCCGUAGCUAUUCCAGACUACCAACUCGACUCCAAGCUCUUGCCACCUUCUCCCCGUCCUGUCGUACCCCCUGGCAGCGUCAACAUCUCAAUAAUCGAGCGGUACAUCCCGCCAACGAACACGAACGAGUACGCAGAGAUGUUCCAACUCAAGGGCCGUUCGCUGUUGCAUGAUCGAUUAGUCGAGUUGUCUCCCAACAACGGUAUCCUGGUCUUCAUAUACCCCACCAAAACCGGCGCUCGCUCUUUCAUGCAACACUAUCUCGGUCCGAUACUCGACCCGCUGUUGCGCUCUGUCACGGUUAUACACGAGCUAUCCUCCGAAUUAGGCAAAAAUCUCGGUCAGAUGAGCUCAGUGAACUACCUUGACGAGUACGAGAGGCUGCGGGACCAGGUGACGCGCUAUUGUAGCAUGCUGAGCGAGGGCAGUUCUGGUGACAAGAAGUCGACCUUCACUGUCGCUUCCGCAUCCAAAGAGGAAGCAGUAUUCGAGAGGUCGGCAUGGGCGGAUGAUUGGUGGAUUAAGCAAGAAAAACCGCGUAUUCGUGAGACGGUCAACAAGUACUUCCGGCAGGUUAAGAAGCUGCCGAAGGGGGAAAUGACUAGCUCGCAUCUGAUCCAAGAGGUACUGGAUGGUGUGUCGAACCGCAAAGUCGAUGACAUUCGUUCGGGACCGAAAGGCAUUGAGGUCGGCAUCUUCAUCAUCAGAAGAUCCACAAUCGCUUCAGGAUAG